AUGUUGCGAAUUAACAGCGUCUCUCAAACACUUUCAAAGUGUUGCGAGCUCGAGCAGACCGUGGAACAUUUAGAACGUAUUCGCCAACGGCAGGCGAGCAAAAUGGCCGAUCUGAUCGCGGAAGCGCAGGUCUUCGGAUCGGAAAGUCGCGAAACCAAAUUGCGCUCAGAAGAGAUGGUCCGCAAUCUCUCGGAAGACUUGCGACUCACCAAACAUGCUCUGGAGCAGGUUCGCAAUUCGGAGAGAGAAGUGAGAUAA